AAUACAAAUUAGUUCUUUUCUACUCGCUACUGUUUCAAAAACUAUUCAAUUGUAUUCAAAAUACCUUAAAUAAUUAUUACUCUUAAGAUUUAAGAAUCUAUAAAAACUACGAAGGCAGUCUGGAUGCAUUGAAUUGAAAAGAAAAACAUUCCAAGCUUCUGUAAUCUAAUUGGGUUUUAUUAAAUUAGCUCAAUAAACUUUGAUCCUUCAACGUUACCAAACUCAAAACCACUUCAAUUGGUUGUAAUACUAGCUUUUUAUCGUAUUUUUAUGAAUUUAUUUACGUAUAUCCAAAGCGUUUUUCAAGCACUUUUCUCGUUGCUUAGAUAGCAAUAUGCAACUUAGAUGUAGAAAUAUUUAUUUCACUUUAUUUCAGAUCAUAAAUAUGAAUAAGGAUUUUUAAAAUGCCCGCCAAUUUUAAUGGUUGAUUAAGAGCUGGUUGGUGUUUAGUUCAAUAAAGGACGGGAGCGAAAUGAAUUCUCAUGCAGAGCAACUGCAGAAUCUAAAUAUAAACAGAAGAAUUGUGAACCAUGUUCAACUGAUAGAACACGUGGAAUCUGGGAAUCAGCUGAUUGAUCAUGUUGCUGUAGAGAAGCAGCUGAUGACCCCUGUAUGUGGGGAGGAUCAAAUGAUGGACCAUGUAGAUGGACACACAUUGAGCACUGUCCCUCUGACAGUAGGAUGCCCAGAUCCUUCAAUGCUUUCCAAUAUUUUCCAGGACACGGUUGCUGAGAACUUCAUUGAAUUUUCUGAUUCUGAAAACCAUCCUAGUUUCCUUACUCCGGCAAGCUCGGUGUUUACAAGUGGUGUGUACUCUAGUUCUAUUAAUCAGUUUAGCUCACCUACUUCCCUUUAUGCAGGAAUCUCGAGUAGUUUGUUUAAUUUUAGGAAUCUCGAGUAG